AUGUCGCGGCGGCUCAUCCCCCUGCUGGAUCGGAUCCUGGUCUCCCGUGUGGCCGCGCCCACCAAGUCGGCGGGCGGCGUCCUGCUGCCCGAGUCGGCGGUGAACAAGGUCAACGAGGGCGUCGUGAUUGCCGCGGGGCCCGGCCGGCGAGACGACUCUGGAAAUCUGAUUCCAAUGGACGUGAAGGAGGGGGACACCGUGGUGCUGCCUGACUAUGGCGGCCACGCGCUGAAGCUGGAGGGAAAGGAGCUGCAUGUAUUCCGGGCGGAUGAGGUGCUGGGAAUCUUGAAGGACGACAAGUCCUGA